AUUGACACAAGCCGGAAGAAAAUUACCUUGGCCAAACGGUAAAGGAAGACGUUACGUCCAGCAAACAUUCUGCGGUUUUACCACUGCAUCACGUCGUUUUCCGAAGGCGACAAGGAAAUCUUCUUUCUUUUGUGAAUUAUAAAGGAGAAAGGAAAUCCAGGAGUGCACGAAAAGCACCUAAUUGUCCCCAAAAUAGUUGACCUUUCUUCCUCGUUCUUUCUCCGCUGCAACUUUUUCUCCGUACAGGUUAUGGAUGGACGAAUUUUGUUAAAGGGGGUUAUAUUCAUGUGCUUAACUGCCUGUUCAACUGCUAGAGACCUCAAAGUGAAGGAUCAAGGAACAAUCUACAAUCAUACUCUUGCCACCAUAUUGGUGGAAUAUGCUGCAACGGUCUAUGUAUCAGAUUUGACAGAACUAUUUACUUGGACAUGCCCAAGAUGUGAUGAUUUGACGAAGGGGUUUCAAAUUUUAGAGCUCAUUGUUGAUGUGAAGCGAUGUCUACAGGCAUUUGUGGGGGUGGAUCCAGAUCUUAAUGCCAUUGUAAUUGCUUUCCGAGGCACACAGGGAACCAGCAUACAGAAUUGGAUUGCAGAUCUAUACUGGAAGCAGCUUGAUAUAGAAUAUCCUGGAAUGGAAGAUGCAAUGGUGCAUCAUGGAUUUUAUUCUGCUUACCACAACACAACAUUACGACCUGGAGUGCUAAGUGCUGUUGAAAGAGCAAAAGAGCUGUAUGGAGACAUUCCCAUUAUGGUGACAGGACAUUCAAUGGGAGGGGCCAUGGCUGCUUUUUGUGGAUUGGAUCUCACAGUAAAUUAUGGCUCGCGGAAUGUUUCAGUAAUGACGUUUGGACAACCUCGAAUCGGGAAUACUGCUUUUGCAUCCUACUACAGCAAAUGGGUGCCAAAUACAAUUCGGGUCACACAUGAACAUGAUAUUGUCCCUCAUCUGCCCCCAUACUAUCACUAUUUCCCUCAAAAAACUUAUCAUCAUUUUCCUAGGGAGGUGUGGCUCCAUAACCUAGGCUUUGGACUUCUUUCUUAUACAGUUGAAAAGGUCUGUGAUAAUUCAGGGGAAGACCCUUCUUGUAGCAGGUCAGUGGCUGGUAGAAGUAUUAUGGAUCAUCUGAUGUAUUAUGGUGUAAGAUUAGGAGGUGAGGAUUCAGGAUUCUGCAAAAUUGUGAUGGAUGAUGGUCUUGCUGCAUACGGCACAGUUGAUAUUGAUGGAAAUGUCAUUCUAUCCAGAGAUAUUCCUGCUUCUGUUUUGAGGAUGAAUGUCGAAUCUAACGAGGAAGGGCGGUCGAUAUAGAGGUUUUCUGGGAUUAUUUACUUGGCUUUUGGGAGGUGAUUAUAGGUCCUUGGCACGGCUUAAAUUUGAGCUAUAUCCCAGUCAAUUGUGCAGUUUUGGUCAUACACUGGAGUAUAUAUUUGAGCUCUUUUUUCUUAUAUGCACAUAUCAUCUAUGUAAAUAAUAUUUUACUAAUGUAAUUAACUAAACCCAAUGAGAAUAGUGUGAUUGUUCAACUCUGAAACAGAAGUGACUAAGUGGAAGUAUUAUCAGUACAGUUCAAUUAACAAAAAGUUAAUUAAUCAGAAA